GCGAGUGUGUUGUGCAAGUUUAGCUGAUGUGUCUGUGUGUGUGUGGGUUCAGCUGAUAUGUAGGCCACGUCAGUUUGUCCUUACAGAGUAAACGACUGAGGCGCCGUUCCGCAGCAGCACCACCAUCCGGCCGCUAGACGGCAGUGCUGAGUUCAUUUCAUCAGCGAAUCAAUGACUCGUGGCUAUUCGUAGUUAUUUCCUUUUAGGUUCACUGCAGAUCGGCCCAAACGUCAAGUUGAUCGGAAACGUGGAGAAGCAGCUAAAGUUGUUUUGGGGGUGAAGAAAAUUCUUCCGUUUGCUUUGUGCUAGAUUCCCAAGAUGUCUUGCUGCAGAGUGAAAUAAUUUUGACUCGUUAUUUGGGCUACACCGUGAGCUUGUUCUGACUCGAGCUGCUGUCAACUGGUGUAGAGUAAAAACACUAGAGAGUUUAACCUCAGGGACACUGGCACAUAAAGCCGUGUUGGAGUGUUGUUAUUGUGCAGCAUGUCGGCUGAAGUGGUGAGUGAGUGUCGGCUAGGAGAAGGAGACCAAAACACCGCGGGGAAGUCUGAUCUAACGAGGAGUCCGGACGAGGAGCAGCAACGAGCUCCAAAAGUCCAGUCUAAGCCCCCAAAACAGGGGGAGAUGGACGCCAAACUGGGCGGAUUGAACAAAAACAACACGAACCGUAAGGAAAACGACCAAAAUGAAGCAAGCAACAAUGCAGAAUUGGGCAAGAAGAGCGUGAGUGAGGCACCGCCGCCCAGAGUUAACCCCUGGACGAAGAACAACUCGUCGUGUCCUCCUAAUAACUCGACAAACAACACUCAACAAACGGAAUCCCAGAACUCUGCCAAAGUGGUACGUGCCAACAAGCCCAGAUCCAGGAAGUCUAGUAAGUCGAGUGACUUCAGUGACAUCACCAACUGGCCCACUCCUGGAGAAAUAGCCAAUAAGGAGGUUUGUAGAGACCUGUCGGAGAGAUCUUCAUCCAUUCCUCAGCAGCAGAACGCUCUGAACACACAGGGACAGAAAGUCCCAUCCGGCCGAAGAGAGAGAAGGAGGGAGCGUGGAGGAGAGAAGAGAGAGAAGGAGAGUGGUAGUGAUGGGAGCGACAGUAAGGAGAACAGGGAGGCACAGCAGGAGACUCCUCUAACCGAGCUGGAGAAGGAGGUGGGCAAAGACACUCAGAGCAGCGUCCCCUGCAGGAGAGGUUUCAGGAGGGAUUUCAAUGAUGAGACAUCAAGCGUUCGCAGCGAGGGUAGCAGUGUUCGCGGUGGCCUUCGAGGACGGGGCAAAAGUCGUGGAAGGGGCAGAGGUCGCGGGCGAGGGCGUUUUGACUACUCCCACAGUUAUCGGGAAUCCUACAUCGAUGGUUCCCCCGUGCCUACAGAGUUCGGGACCAACAUGAUGUAUUUCUAUGACGACGGGAACAGAGUACAGAUGUACACCAUCGAGGAGAGUUUGCUCAAAGAGUACAUCAAGCGCCAGAUCGAGUACUACUUCAGCCUGCACAACCUGGAACGCGAUUUCUUCUUGAGGAGAAAGAUGGACACCAAGGGCUUCCUGCCCAUCUCUCUCAUUGCCGGCUUCCGCCGGAUCCAAGCUCUCACCACCGACGUCAGUCUCAUCAAGGAGGCAAUGAAAGACAGUGACGUAGUGGAGCUGGUCGACGAGCAGAUUCGGAGAAAGGACGAUCCGGAGCGCUGGCCGAUCCCUGGGCUGCCUGCCAACUCCUCACACACAGACUUCAGCCAGCUCAUUCACUGUCCUGAGUUUAUCCCGGGACAAACCUUCACCUCACUUGCUGCAGGUUCAACUUCCCCGGCCAACCAGACCACAGUCGAGCCUCCUGCUGCCACAAAUGGCCUAAUAAACGACAGCUCUGAUACUGACACCAAACCGCAGUCUGAUGAGUCGUUCGAGGUCGAGUCGAAAAGUGUGUCCAGCUCGGAUGAGAGGACCGUCGAGGGGCUGUCCAGCAGAACGCCUGAUCCGGAGAACCAGUGGGUUCAGGUGGAGAAACGGCACAGGAACACGUCAGGGAAAAACAAGGAACUCUCAACACCGGCUCAGACAAAUCCACAACCCGAAGCUUACCAGGAAGAACUCGACUUCCUGUUUGACGAAGAGAUCGAGCAACUUGUUGCACCUCGCAAGAACACCUUUACCGAUUGGUCAGACGAGGACUCGGACGGCGAGCUGGAUGACAGUGACGUGAACAAGAUCCUGAUCGUCACUCAGACGCCACCGCACCUCCGCAAGCACCCGGGCGGCGACCGCACAGGAAACCACAUCUCCCGUGCCAAAAUCACCACCGAGCUCGCUAAGGCCAUUAAUGACGGUCUCUACUACUAUGAGCAAGACCUGUGGACUGGGAACGAGAAUCAGCUGGAUGCUAUCAAUGUUAAGGAGGUCGAGAACUUUAAGAAGCUCAACGUGAUCAGCCAGGAUGAGUUUGACACUUUGACCCCUAAAUUACCCAUUGACCCCAACCAGGAAGUGCCACCACCUCCCCCCAGCCAGGAUGAGCCCAGCCUGGCCCAUUCUCUGCCCACUAACGUCCCAGAAUCCCCUAGUGCUCCCCGGACCCCUCGUACCCCACGCACACCCGGUCGGCAAGAUCCGAACAAAACACCCCGCUUCUAUCCAGUCAUGAAGGACAGCGGAAGCAUUGACGGUCAGACUCCCAGGAAGAGGAAGACACGCCACAGCUCCAAUCCUCCACUGGAAAGUCAUGUAGGCUGGGUGAUGGACUCUCGUGAACACAGGCCACGCACUAGCUCCAUUAGUAGUUCAAACGCUUCUCCAUCGGAGGGCGCUCCCCUGCAGUCAUCCAGUUAUGGCUGCACCCCUCAGUCUCUACCCAAAUUCUGGCACCCGUCUCACGAGCUGCUCCAAGAGAACGGCUUCACCCAGCAGGUUUAUCACAAGUAUCGCCGAAGGUGUCUCAAUGAGAGGAAGCGGUUGGGAGUGGGUCAAUCGCAGGAGAUGAACACACUCUUCAGGUUCUGGUCCUUCUUCCUCAGAGACAACUUCAACAGAAAUAUGUACGAAGAAUUCAAGCAGUAUGCCUUGGAGGAUGCCAAAGAAAACUACAGGUACGGACUGGAAUGCCUGUUCCGCUUUUACAGUUACGGUUUGGAGAAGAGGUUCAGACCUGACAUCUUCAAGGACUUUCAGGAGGAAACUUUGCACGACUAUGAGAAAGGUCAACUGUAUGGUCUUGAAAAGUUCUGGGCCUUCCUGAAGUACUCACGGAUUAAAGGCCAAGUGAUUGACCCCAAGCUGCAGGAGCACCUCUGCAAAUUUAAGCGCAUAGAUGACUUCAGAGUGGAGCCACCAAUGGGUGAGGAGCAGGGGGGCAGGAGACGGAGACACUCGUCCUCUGGAGGGGAUGAGGGCAGACGGAAACGUUACAACUCAACCUCGUCUUCAUCAUCAAAACAUGCCCCGCCCACCAAGGCUUCGAAUGAGCCUGCUGCUGAAGGGGAAGCUAAGACGGAUUCAACUAAUCGGUCAGCUGCUCCAGCAAACACUAAACCCCUUUCAGCUAGUCGUGGGUCUGCAAACGACAAAAUGACCUCAACUAAUCACCGGGCUGUUGUGGGGCUGGCCAAAUCAGCUUUAGCCAAUCAGCAAGCAACUGCUAAGAGCAACACAGUCAAUGAAGCAACAUCAACCACAAAGAACGUGAAGAAGAACCCACAAUCUGAAAUGGCUAGCAAAACCAAAGAUGCACAUCCGCCAAACUAAAUGAAUCUUGAAAGAUCAAUAUUUUGAAUCUUUAAUGAAAAGGGCUAUUUUAAGGCCUAGACCGUAAAUCUCUACUACGAGUGAAUGAGCCAAACCGUUAAGUAAAGCUUGAGUGUUAAACCAUCAGGGCUUAACUGAUUUCACUAUGUAAUGUAUCAGUCCGAUUAUCGUAUUCGUCUAUUUAGCAGAAACAGCUUUUUGGCUCAUGGCUGGUUUUAACAGUUAUUCAGUUUUAAAUAGGCACAAUUGGUGGACUGAAAAUUAUUAAAAAACCAUUCUGCUGUCAGGUUUACGAGCGCUGCAUCGAGUGUGUGGACGAUGUUUAUGUGUUGAAUGUAAAUUUCUUUGUUUUAUCUUCUGGGGUGCCUUACAUUUCAAAGUUUUUACUUUAAAUAUAUCAGGAAAUAUAUCACUGACAUUAUUUUAUUUUGGUGGUGUCAUAACCUUUGUGUCUGUGCCUGAUCAUCAUGACAUGAUCACUGAAAUGAUCUAUGACAAGAAAGUAUAAGACUUUUGUUUUAUUUGAGAAAAAACAAACAAAUUAGUAGAUUACACAGAUUAUAAUAGUGUAAUUGUAUUUUACACUUGAGAUGGCAAUAUCAUGACAACAAAAAUGACACUAGAUGUAGUAUAUUGGUGCAUAGUGUUUGGAAGUGACUGUGAAAUGGAGGGAAAAAACCAUCAGUAUCCUGCUCAAAGGCCAAGCUAGUGCGUGAUUGUAAUAAAAAUAAACAUUUUGGAUACAUAGGAUAUCCAGAUCCUAAGAACAUAGGAUACUUUAAAUUUCUGUUUUAAUAGAGUUAACAAACUUGCAUAUUUUUUUUGGCUUAAAUUAGAAUUAUGUCUCUUUACUUGAAGUACCUUUAUUUUCUAAGUAUUUUUAUUGCUUAAAAACGGAGAAGAAAGGAGUUUUAAAGAAAGGAGUUUUAUAUUCCAGGAAAAAAAAAAGUUUUACAUUCUAUUGGAGAAGGGAUGUUUUUUUUCUCGCAAUUUUGAGUGAUUUAAUUGAUUCUAAUCAUAUUUUAUUGCUUAUUACUUAUUUGGAUAAUGCAACUAUAUAAUAGAAAUAUAAACUGUACAUAAAAAUGAUGAUAAAUUGCUAUGGUUUGGUUGAUUUAAAUUUUUAUUGAGCUGUAGUAUUUUUCUGCGUGCGCUGGUGUGUUCGUAUGCAUGUAAGGUUCCUUUUUUUUUUGCCUCUAAAUUGUAACAUGUAAAAAUGCAUAUAUUAAAAAAAAUUAAAAUCUGUUUUUAAAAACCCCAAA